AUGUCUGCCUCGAUCCUCCGUGUGGCCGCCCGCGGCCCUGCCACGACGUUUUUCCGCGCAAACCCCAUCCGCCCGACAGCAUCGGCCGGCGCGGCCGUGGCCUCGGUUCUUCACGCCCGCACCACGGCUGUCGCGGCCGUCAUGGUGCCCAGCGUCAGCUUCAGCGCAGCUGCACGUCUGCGGUCUGAGCACCACGAGGAGUCCUUUGAGGAGUUUACCGCCAGAUUCGAGAAGGAGUUCGACACCGUCCAGGACGUCUUUGAGCUGCAGCGGAACCUGAACAACGCCUUCGCCUACGACCUGGUCCCUUCGCCGUCGGUGCUGGUUGCCGCCUUGAAAGCUGCCCGGAGGGUCAACGACUACCCGACUGCCGUGCGCGUCUUUGAGGGCAUCAAGGCCAAGGUCGAGAACAAGGGCCAGUACGAGCAGUACCUGGAGGAGCUGAAGCCCCUGCGGGAGGAACUGGGCAUUGUGCUCAAGGAGGAGCUGUUCCCCGAGGAGACGGCCUAA